AUGUAAACUCUUUAAGAUAAUUCAUCGACAAUAAUUGCACCUGUUAUUAAUGAGACUGAAAUCACAAUAGAUUCAGAUUAUAGAUAAUCAUAGUAAUUUUUGAUCUUAAUUAUUCUUAAGAGCUCUAAUUCGAGUGAAUUAUCAUGCCAAUAUGAAAAGAAUACCAAUAACAGUUGUUUGUCCUCAAUGUAAAUAACAAGGAACAACUAUUAUUAUACGUGAAGUUGGAGCAGCUACAAUAAUGGUUGGUUAUUUACUCUUUUUACUAACGACGUAUACUAAAUUUUGAUUAAUAUAGAAUAUUUUGCUUUUGGAUUCCUUGCUGUGUAGAUGAAUGCCAAGAUGCUAUUCAUUAAUGUCCACAUUGUAAGGCUGAAGUAGGAAUAGGUCCCUAUUAAAUUCUUUGA